UGUGUCGCACGCUGUUGACGCUGGUCGUUCAGGAAGGCUGUCUUUUCAACAUGAAGACACCGAAAACGUGGGCGCUGGUUAUGGUCGUGGUGAUUCUAAUAGGUGUUGCCAAUGUGGACAGCCACCUCGUCAAGAUCAACCUUACCGUGGUGCACCCUGAUGAAACAACACGGAUGGAAGUCCUGGACAUUGACGACCAGAGCUUCGCUGCCGGUGGUCUCACCCACGAUCAAGUCAGUACCGGAUACGCUGUUGAAGAUAAACAAGGCAAGAUCCAAGAACUAGUGGUCGGGAACAAACACAUACCAGUGCACUUUGGUCUAAAGAAAGCCACAGAGCUCUUCAGCUUCAGCUUUGUCACCAUCAACAACACAUACUGGACUGUCAACCUCAAAAAUUUCACAAAUAUUUCAGUUGGAGAUUUUGAUGAUGAUGAAACACUAAAACCUGUAGAGGUGAAGCUGGAUUGGUACCUUCCCAGAACAGAUGUUGUCCAGCCCUUGACAAUGGCCCUCACAUCAGCUGUUCACCAUCAUCAUUCCAUGGUGUGGUUGCAACACAAUGAGUCUAGCAGCACAAUUCAGCAGCCAAGCCCAGGUGCAUUCAUGUCCUUGAGGGUGAUGAAUCUCCAUACCCAGCAGACCACCCUACUCACUGACUUUGACACAGAUCUGGUUGAACUGGAACUAGUGGAGACCCUUGGAAAGCUCAAGGAGGGACGGAUGGCACUUCUAACUGCACAUUCUGUUUUUUUAAGUUUCCUGGGAGAAACUGUCAAGGAAUCUCUCACUUCCAUGGGAUCCUUCCUGGCACAGCACUUCAUGCCACAAACCACGUGGGCUUGGGCUUGGCUUGUGAGUGGGGCAACACUAGCUGAAAGUCUGGUUACCAAUACCAUGGGUGCUGCCCAUGGGAUGCGGGUGCCACCCCUGCACUUUGAAGUGACCUUACCAUCUAACUUGACAGAGCAACCACUUUGUAGGGAGUGGCCAGAUUCUUGGACAAAGAGGCAACAGUUUUGUGAACUCUAUGAUGGAUAUGAUGACCUAUGCUCUUGUUCAACACCAUUCAUUCUCCCCAAACCAGACAACAUCACCAGACCUGACAUGUGGCAUGAAGUGCUAGGUGUGGUAAUUGUGGCCAGCAGUCGCCCACGCUACCUGUAUAGAUUACUUCGACAACUGACAAGUCAGCCUGGAAUGACCCAUGAUCAGAUCCUGGUGUCAGUAGAUGGACCUGAGCACCUUGAAACCAUUAAGUUAGUAGACCUUCUGGGCCUCAAAUAUCAGAUCCACCAACCUGAAGGCAAACUUUCUCCACGCAUAUCCAGACAUUUGAGAUUUGCUCUAUUUAGAGCACUGAAUGUUCUCAGUGUGGACAAAUUUAUCAUUCUUGAAGAAGACCUCAUUCUUGCCCCAGACUUCAUCAUGUACAUGCAGCAGACAUCAGUACUGCUUGAUGAAGACCCGAGCCUUUAUUGUGUCUCUGCUUUUUCUCACUUCUCGUUUAACCACACUGCUAGUGAUCUGACUAAGUUGAACCGUGUCCACUCCUUUCCUGCAUAUGGCUGGAUGGUCAAGAGGAGCUUUCUGAAAGAGACCUUGCCUAAAUGGCCUCCAGUAUAUGUGGCCGUGGACUGGGACUAUUGGAUGGACACAGGCAUUGUACGAAUGGGCCGUGAAGUAGUGGUGCCAGAGGUGUCACGUACAGCUCACUCAGGGGUAACAGGAGCCCAUUUUGCAGGUUCUAGGGCAAGGGAAACUUUUUUGAGGAGGGCCCUUUCUAGCCACAGUGAUACUUACUUAAAUAUCACUAUGAUGCAGAAAAAAGAUUAUGAAGAAGAAAUUAAGGAACUCUUGGCCUCAGCAACUCCUCUCAACAUCACUCACCUGUUUACCUUUAAUUUCCCUAAAGAGGGUGGAAUCUUUGCUGUCUGUGUUCACAUGCAGAAUCUCCAUGACACUGCUGCCUUUAGACUGCUUACACAGUAUCUUGGAGUGUGGAACCGAGAUGCCCGGGAGGGUCACUUUGGUUUGUGGAGGCUCCCUUAUUACCGGUCCCUCAUCCUCAUUGUAGGAGUGCCCUAUUCAAAGUACAGGGAUGGAGAGGAGUGGAGGAAGUACCGCACUAUCAUGAAUCGCCGGCUGCUGCGCCAUGGCCCGCUGGUCCCUCACUUGCCUGCCCUCGGCCGCGUGUGUGACAGCCUCGUGGACCGAUGGGCCUCUCUCUUUGCAAGCCGCCCCGUACCGGAACUGGAGAGGGAGCUGUAUCGUUGGUCCACUGAGUCUCUGGGUGUAAUAGUGUUCGGAUGUAGAUUGGGACUGCUGGGCGAGACUCCCAACACUGCCGAGGAGCAGCAGCGUGUGGCGGACAUGGGCAGGUUCAUCGAGUCUAUACACGGCAUCUUCAAGGAAACUGUGAACCUUGGCAUCAUCCCGCCCGCCCUGGCCAGGUCACUCCGUCUCCCCUCUUGGAAACGUUUCGCGAGGUGCCUGGAUGAUGCCUUGGCCACCGGCCACACCCUCGUGUCGGCGGCGCUGAGGGCGUCGAAGGAGCAGAAGGCGAGAGGCGAAGACCCGGACCCGCCCACACUACUUGACCAGCUGCUACACGAGGACCAGCUAGAAGAGUCUAUCAUCCUCUGCUUGCUCAUAGACCUGUUUCUCGCCGCGGCAGACACAACAUCCCACACAGCCAUCUGGUCACUCUACCUCCUCGGCCGCCAUCCAGAGGUUGCCCACCGUGUUCGCCAAGAGAUUGUGGAAGUCACAGGCGGCACGGGGCAGGUAGAGGGGCACCAUCUGGCCUCCUUGUCCUAUUUGAGGGGCGUGGUGAAGGAAUCCUUGAGGAUGUACCCUGUGGCACCCUUUCAAACUCGUGUGCUGGUGCAGGAUACUAACCUCGGGGGAUACGAAAUUCCCGCUGAAACGAUGGUUAUCCUCUCCGUGUACAGGACAGGACGUGACCCAACGGUCUUUCCCAACCCGGACAGCUUCUCUCCGGAACGCUGGCUCCGUAGCACCCAUGAUCCCUCCACUACUGCCCCCUGCUCCAUCAGCCCGGCCCCCAGAGUCAUCCCGCGCGUCCACUCUCACGCCUUCAUCCCCUUUGGAGUGGGAAUCCGUUCCUGCAUCGGGCGACGGGUGGCUGAAGCGGAGUUGUAUUUACUUUUAGCUAAGUUGGUUGCCAGGGUGGACUUGCGCGCCCUUAACCAGGUGGACAUGGUGCUGCGUAUGGUGGGCGUGACGUCGGAGCCCUUGCAACUGCAGAUUGAGCUUCCCACAUCGACGGUGACUACGCACCACCCUUGUAGGGAAACAGGCAAGUCAUGUCCUGUCGUGGGUAUUCAUGCUGCCGCCCCCUAGAACGAAGAUAUUACAUGGAGGCACUUCUGCAAUACAUAAUACUAGAAAAAUUGCCACAGGGAAUAGUUGAUGGGCGGGCGAGAUGACGCAACGCGACGCACAUUUGUCGAAUGUUCACGGUUUGUGUUGACAUCGGAACACGUGCGCGGCGUGCCGUGUACCUGCUGUACAUCAUUAUCAUAUCGUACAUAUGUAUCAUAUCAUACAGCACUGGCUAGUUUUAUUUACUUCAGUUAUAGUGUUGUUGACAAGGUGGUGUAUUCCCUGAACCCUGUAGCACAGGAGCACAUACAGAAGAGGCACAUUGAUGGAACUGUGCUCACAAAAAUCUCCCUGGUCAUGGAGGUCUUCAUCAAAGACAGAACCUCCCCAGUGUCUGAGACGACCCACAGCCUGCAACUGGCGCAGAGCCUGCAUCUCCUCUGAGGAGCCGCGCUGGGAAGGGGGCACAGGGAUGAGGAUUCAUCAUGUGAUGGGUGGGCAAGUAUGCACAUCCUGUUGUCAUGUGCGUGAAGUGACCUGAUACUUGUGCUGAGUACUGGAGAACACUAAAGUGAAGGUUCUAGUCUAGAGUAGUUAACAUUGCAGUAUUUAUAUAUUUUUUUUUUCACAUAAAUACUGACGUAAAUAUUGACUUGCUGAACAGAUCUGUGGGUACCUGGGGAUUAUGUUCUAGUUUUGGGCUGCAUGUUGUUACUCACAAUUAUGGCCUCUGCAAGGAUUGUGUCAGGUUUCAUGAUGACAUUGAGGCCUGGCCUGUGCAGUGCAUCCUGGAAGGACUGGGUGGGUGUCGGGCCGCGCCGCACUGCCAGGAGGGAUGUGAGGUGGCUGCCAUAGGCCCACCCUAUCACUGCUACCGCAACAACCCAUCCGCCCAGUACAAACCGCUCAUGCCAUCCCAGGGACUCCCAUGCCACAUCUAUUGAUGUACCACACACACACACACACACACACACACACACACACACACACACACACACACACACACACACACACACACACACACACACACACACACACACACACACACACACACAC